UUCUGAUGGAUGGGGAUGGAGAAAGUGCUUAUUUAUUUAUUUAUUUUUUCCCUCAAGCAAAACCUGCCUCACAAUACUAAGUUAAAGAUCAAAAUCUGGUCAACUCCAUGGAGAUGAGCAGAGCAAUUAUUUUAUUCAAAUAAUAUGAGAAGGUGAAUCAUCAAAAUUUCUUCAAACAGCCGAGAAGGUGAGCACGCCGUACUUUCUUCAACAAAGUACGCCGGGGGGAGAAUUGAUUAUCCUAAUUCGCUAUAUGGUUUCAUUUUUUCGGUUUGGGGGCCUCUAAUUGUGACCACAGAGGGUAUUUUCAGUGUUUGUCUUCAUUCACAAAAUUAUUUGCUUCGAAAGAAUUGGGAAGAAUAUAUAUAUGCAACUUCAAGUUCCUUCUCCAUAGGUCUCAUGACUUGUUUCUCUGGUUGCUUUGGGCAUCAAUAUUCUUCUCCACGGCCUAGGCAGACAGUAGACGAUGAUGUCACCAAAGAAAUUUCAAAUAUUCAAGACGCUAAAUUGUAUAGUUACACAGAGUUAGAAAGGGCAACCAACAAAUUCAGCGUCGCCAAUAAGAUCGGUGAAGGAGGUUUUGGAUCAGUAUACAAGGGAGAGCUAAACAAUGGCACCUUGGCUGCAUUAAAGGUACUCUCUGCUAAGUCAGAACAAGGUGCUCGAGAAUUUUUAAAUGAGGUAGUGGCGCUAUCAGGACUGGAACACGAAAACUUGGUCAAAUUGUAUGGUUGCUGCACCGAAGGACAGCACAGAAUCUUAGUUUAUGGCUAUCUAGAAAACAAUAGCCUUUCUCAAACACUUCUGAGUGGUCGCUACGAUGCGAGUCAGUUCAGUUGGAGCAUACGGACCAAAAUAUGCAUUGGUGUAGCAGAGGGACUUGCAUUCCUACACCAUGUAGUCUGGCCCCAUAUUGUUCAUAGAGAUAUCAAAGCAAGCAAUAUCCUUCUUGACAGAGAUUUUACCCCGAAAAUCUCGGACUUUGGGCUGGCAAAGCUUUUCCCAUCCACCGCAACUCAUAUCAGCACACGAAUUGCUGGAACUUACGGCUAUUUGGCCCCUGAGUACGCGAUCAGGGGGAGGCUGACACGGAAAGCAGAUAUAUAUAGUUUUGGUAUCCUCCUAAUCGAAAUAGUCACUGGAAGAAGUAACACGAACAAGCGAUUGCCUUCGAGAGAUCAAUAUCUUCUUGAAAGAACUUGGGGGCUGUAUGAACAAGGCAAUCUUGAGCAGUUGGUUGAUACGGCGCUCGAGGGGAACUUCGAUGCUGAUGAGGCUUGCAGAUUCCUCAAGAUUGGCCUAAUGUGCACCCAAGACUUGCCAAAACGCCGGCCAUCCAUGCCCGAUGUUGUCAAGAUGCUGAAUGGUGAAAAGUUCGAUAUGGAUGAGGGGAAGAUAUCAAGGCCGGGAUUGAUUAUGGAGCUGAUGAAUCUUAGGGGCUCAACGAGCGAGAACAAUCCCUUGUCAUCAGAGGUACAAUCAAACGCCACGGAUCUCUCUACAGUUGCUUCUCCCAAUCCGAUGCUUUCCGAUUAAGGCGGCAGUUUAGAGAUCUGUUCUCCGGCGACCUCCGCCGCCAGUAGCGCGUACUCGUAAUUGUUCCCCGUGCCUUAUCAUCGGAGUCGGCUGCCGUGCGGAAGUUUUCUAUCUUGCGGAGCAUCAGCGGGAUCGGGCAGCCACUCUGUCGCUCCUCUCUUCGCAUGAAGUUGAAACCUCGUUUCCAGCCUCGCUCUCUACGAUCUCACCAGUGCUCGUGGUGUUGCCGCCGAUAUCAGUAUGCACCAGAAGAUGUAUUGCAGCUUCACCGAACUCUGGAGGACUUUGGGAUAAAGCAACUUGCACGAAGACUUGAAGGACUUGAAUGUAGUCAUCAUCAUACCUGCUUGGGUGUCCAGUGAACCUUGAUGUCCUGUCCUGAGACGACCUCGUCAAGAUUAUUUAUGGCAUAAAGCAACUUGUACGAAGAGUUGAAGGACUUGAAUGUAGUCAUCAUCAUACCUGCUUGGGUGUCCAGUGAACCUUGAUGUCCUGUCCUGAGAAGACCUCGUCAAGAUUAUUUAUGACACCAUCAAAUCUCUCUGUGAGGCCACUGCUAAGGAUUACUCCAGUGAUCCAUGUGAGUAGCAACUAUGAACAAGUCGAUUGUACAUGAGGCCUACGACAGCAAGGGAGUAAUACAUUGAGAAGAAUAUGUUUGGUAUGACAACAAUUUGUAUCUUUAUGCAAAAACAUUCGAUGCUGGGGAAGGCCAAGUCAUUGAAUCCAGGAUGUCUAUAUGCUGAACUUGAAGGAUUUGGAGAGAUGAAGAUAUUAAUGGUGGCCACAAGUUGGUGAUAAUGCAUCACUUGAAGCAGAGGCCGAUAUUCCGUAAAAUUGGUAGAUCACAGGGAAUCAGUGUCAUCCCAAGGAUAAGCUUGAUCAAAAUCACAUGAACAUGAUGGGUUCUUGACAUCAAUCGGAGGUAAGAGUCUCUCCAAGCCUGAUCUGAAUUAUUGAUUUGCAAAUUUACCAUUUCCCGCAAUUGAUAUGUUGCUUGUGCACCUCCCGUCGAGAUCGAUUGCUGGAAAGGUUAGGAUCAGUCUUAUAUGACAAGUGUCAAACUUGUUUUCUCCUACUAGAGUCUUCCCAUGAAUGCAGGAAGUCUCCUUGUUCCAUGGCAGCUGUCAAGUGGAUAUACGUAUAUCUCACCCAGGAAAUAGCAAUCAACAGAGGCUAAAUCACAACAAAUUUUUCAUCUACCACGAGUGCAUCAGGAAUACAAACCACCUACACUUACAGAAGCGCAUUCACUCAUCUGUCCGUUUGAGCCGAGGCUGCUGAUAACAAAAGUAUUGCCUUAAAACAAAAGACCCACUCCUCAAAUCGAAGAUUGUGCAAGUAGAAUGAUGGCACAGAAAACUAUUAAACCUACAGAA